AUGGCAGCAGCAUUAAUUAUUGGCAUAACAAUAUGUUAUUUACGAAGUAUUACAAUAGCGUUAAUGAUUAUUACUGGAACUGCAUUAUCAUUAGGUAUGGGCUGCUUUGUAUAUAAUAUAAUUUAUCGCAUACCAAUAUUUCCAUUUUUGAAUUUAAUGUCUGCGUUUAUAUUAAUUGGUAUUGGUUGUGAUGAUAUAUUUGUAUUUUUUGAUAGAUGGGAUCAAGAAAAACUAGAAUGGCUAAGAAAAUAUCAAAAUAAACUAUUAGCUGAAAAUGCAGAUAUAUUAUUAAAUUCUACAAAUAACUAUGAUGAUGUACCUUCAAAUCAACAAGAGAAUCCAAACAAAUUAAAAAGAUCAUCUUCUCAUUGUUUAUCUUUAUUUAAACAUCCUGAAGAAAUUCGUAAAGUAUUAUUAAGUGAAGAAGCAUUAGUAGAAAUAAUGUCUAAUACAUUAAAACAUGCUGGUUCAUCAAUGUUUGUUACAUCAUUUACAACAUCAGCUGCUUUUUUUACAAAUAUAUUAACUAAUAUUUCAUUUAUUCAACUAUUUGGAAUUUUUGUUGGAACAUGUGUUUUAAUUUAUUUUGCUAUUACAUUUACUACAAUCGCUGCUUUUGCUGUUAUUUAUGAAAAGCAUAUUCAAAAUAUAAUAUUUCAUGUACUUUCAAUGUGUUGUACUAAUUUUGUCAAUAAAGCAGUAAAUAGUGCACCAGCGAAAUUAUAUCAUCGUUUUUCAUCAGCUUGUAGAGAUUUUCGAAAUUAUAUUUUUGGUCAUUUUAUGCCAUUAAUAAUUAUUAAAUUACGUUAUGUAUCAGUAUUAAUUUUUCUUCUUAUGGGUCUUAUUGGUAGCUUUUACUAUCCUAAAUUAAAAGUACCAUCAACACAAAAAACUGCUUUGUUUUUAAAAGAUAAUCCAAUGGAAAUCUAUGAAUUUUCAAUGAAAAGUCAAUUUAAUGGUUAUUUAAAAGAAGAUAAACGUUUAUUUACUUAUCCAGCUAUUUCAUUUGUUUUUGGCAUACGUGAUAUUGAUGAUGGUUAUUGUGCCGAUAUUGAUGACACGGUUCGAUGA